GCGCGCAGCGGGGGCGGGCGGAGGGCGGCGCCGCUGCAGUGCGGAGACCCGCUUGCCGUCCCCGCGUCUCCGCGUCUCCGCGUCCCCGCGCAGUUGCCUCUGGCCUCGGGCACCGCGCAUCUACAGGACUGUAGAAGACAUUCUGACCAUGGCCUCCCCAUCAUGCUUCCACUCAGAGGAUGAGGACUCUCUGAAAGGAUGCGAGAUGUACGUGCAGAAGCAUGGCAUCCAGCAGGUGCUCAAAGAAUGCAUUGUGCACCUUUGUGUCGCCAAGCCUGACAGGCCACUGAGGUUCCUUCGGGAGCACUUCGAGAAACUGGAGAAGGAGGAAAAUAGGCAGAUCCUGGCUCGGCAGAAGUCAAACUCACAGUCUGAUUCCCAUGAUGAGGAGAUCUCUCCAACACCUCCAAACCCUGUGGUAAAGGCUCGCCGCAGGCGGGGUGGUGUGAGCGCUGAGGUUUACACUGAAGAGGAUGCUGUUUCCUAUGUGAGGAAGGUCAUUCCCAAGGACUAUAAGACCAUGACUGCACUGGCUAAGGCCAUUUCCAAGAAUGUGCUCUUCUCACACCUGGAUGACAACGAGAGGAGUGACAUAUUUGAUGCCAUGUUUCCUGUCACUCACAUCGCUGGGGAAACAGUCAUACAGCAAGGGAAUGAAGGAGAUAAUUUCUAUGUGAUUGACCAAGGAGAAGUAGAUGUAUAUGUGAACGGGGAAUGGGUUACCAACAUCAGUGAGGGGGGAAGCUUUGGGGAGCUGGCCCUCAUCUACGGCACCCCCAGAGCAGCCACCGUGAAGGCCAAAACAGACCUCAAGCUCUGGGGCAUCGACCGUGACAGCUACAGGCGCAUCCUCAUGGGGAGCACGCUGAGGAAACGCAAGAUGUAUGAGGAAUUCCUCAGCAAAGUCUCCAUCCUAGAAUCCCUGGAGAAGUGGGAACGCCUGACUGUAGCUGAUGCCCUGGAGCCUGUGCAGUUUGAAGAUGGAGAGAAAAUCGUCGUUCAGGGGGAGCCUGGGGAUGACUUCUAUAUCAUCACAGAGGGCACUGCUUCUGUCCUCCAGCGACGAUCCCUGAAUGAGGAGUAUGUGGAAGUGGGGCGCCUUGGGCCCUCUGACUACUUUGGGGAGAUUGCACUGCUCCUGAACCGGCCCCGUGCAGCCACUGUGGUGGCCCGGGGUCCCCUCAAGUGUGUGAAGUUGGACCGGCCUCGUUUUGAGCGAGUCCUGGGCCCCUGCUCUGAAAUCCUGAAGAGAAACAUCCAGCGUUACAACAGCUUCAUCUCCCUCACUGUCUGAGCUUGCAUUACACCUGCACCCUUGUGGGGGCUCCUAUUGUGGCCCUGUGACCCAUUCCCCAUGCCAGGGGCCUGGGAGCUGCUGGUUAGCAGCUGGGUGGGGCUGGUGCCUGGCACGGAGCCUCUCCCUUCUCUGGACUCACUUUUGGAAUAAAUAACCAUCUUGUGCAUUUUAAAAAUAAAGGGCAAGAGACAACUCCAUCCCCAGACCAGGAAAGUGAUGGCUGGCUCCCCCACAGUGGCCCUGCAGCCUUAUCUUUGGGAUCACCAUAUCCCCUCUUCAAGUCUUCUGGGAAUUCUUAUCUGGUCUCCAUACUCGAACUGGCCCUGUGUCCUGCUAGGUCUCAAGAGGGGGAUCACAGCUAUCCUUGUAGCUUUCCCCCAGAGCUGGAAGAUAUCAGGACACUGUCCCUGGUCCCUCUGAGAUUCUCCCAGGUCUAGGCCCAGGUGUAGGACAGAUUAUGUCAAAUGGAGGUGUCCUUAAAUGGACACUCAGGCUUGAGAGCAGAAACAGAGUGUGAGGAAAGACAUUCUUGAUCCCUGCCCACUACCCCCAAUUCCCAGGGGGGCAUAACGGACCCAAAUAGAUCCCAGCCUCCUAAUUGAGGAUUGAGCUAUAGCCCCCAGAAAGUCAGGAGGUAGUGGCUUAAACCAGUCACUUGCCCUCACGGCUCUUGGAAAGUCCAUUUCCGGGUAGGCUGGACAUCCUGAUCUCAUGUCAGGACAGUUGGCCAAGCCUGUGACCCCUCACUGGCUGGACGCCCAGAUUGGGCAGGAAGCAUGGCUGAUGCUGGGGCUUUCCAAAAGUGGUGAGUCUGGGCUGAGUCCCCAUCUCCUGGAGGUCAGGAGCCAUGGUUCUGCCAACCUGCCUAUUGGAAACCCCAAGGGACAGCAAGGAACUCCAGCUUGCUGGUUAAAGCUGUGGGCAUUGAGCCUCCCCCAGAAUCGUUGUGUAAAACCCGAGUCCCUGCCCGGAACCCAAAGCAUCUCUCACUUGAGUCUCUCUUCUCCCUUACAUGGGGGGAAAAUGUACUGGAACCAGGCUUGACCCCAUACACUGAACCAUCAAUACCCUGUCCCCAGUGCAGUGUGAUAUGAGCCAUCCAGGCCUGAGAGCCACAUGAGUAUCCACAACUGCUCAGUGUCCCUUGGGUAAUCGGCAUGUCAUGAGACAGUGUGAUCAAUCUCUCCUUUCCCUUGCUGUGCACGUCUAGGGAGGUGAUUUUUCCAGCUGGCCAUCAGCUCCUCCCUGUGUGGCCCUGGCCGUGUGUGUCCUGCCUGCACCGUGGACUAUCUGUGGAUUCUGUGGACCUGCUCCUCCAUUCCCUAUUUAUGUCACCAAGUGCUGCAUGAGCUAUUAAAUGUGCAAUGAAGAA